AUGUCACUCUUUACAAGCUUCACAGGCGGCCUCGAGGAUCCUCCAGCCCCAUGGCUCGACCCGGCUCUUCAUCUCAUCUCAGCGCCUGUCGAACCGUUAUGCACAGUCGGCCUCCCUCCCCCGCCAUCUUCGCAGAAGACAAUCAAGGCACGCUGUGUCAAGGCGCCGUGCACUCAUGUUGCUGCAGGGUCGUGCAACAACCAAAUGUGCAAGGCGUGUUGUGAGAAAGCCGUUGUCGUUUGCUUCUUCAAGAACCACAACCGCGGUCGUCGACCAGUCUCUGUCUCUGACAACCCCGCUCACCUCGCUCGCCCCCUCCCUCAGGAGCCUUUACGUCUGAUGACUGCCAGCAUUUCCGUAUCUCUGGUUGCAUACCUCAACGCUGAUGGCCAACCAACUAUGCUCCCACUUCAAGACAUCAAGACGUGGCCCACCUUGAAUCUAAGCCAAAUUCCAUCUCUCGCUGCGAAACUUGGAUUGUCUGAUCUCUCUGAUCUCAGCCUUUUUGACCCCCAGAACACCAUUUGGAUACCAACGAUGGACCAUGCAUUGCUGGUGGGCACCAAUGACAAAAUCUACGUGAGGCGGAAGGAGCUUGUCUCUUGUGGUCCGGCUUCGCGCGCUUUGCUCGAAUACCUCUCACCAACCCGUUUUGAACUACCACGGAGCUCUCAGAAGCGCAGGGUCAAAGGUUCUCUGGACAAUGGCUCGUCUCCCGCGCGCUCAACUGUCUCUGCGCAUAGAGAUUACUCUCACGAUUAUGCGGGACUCUCUUCACCACCUUCCAGUCCAUCGCAAUCUUCAUCUCCACCUCUGCCACCUACCAACUGUGCCGUCGAUGACAAUUCCGGCACCCCUCACAACCCUGAUCUCAAAUGGGAAUUUGGGACAGUACCAACUCCAAAGGGAGCGGCUGUCGUCUGGCCACAGGGAAUGUAUGCUCGCGAUAUGGCGAAAGGGUUUGAUCUACUAACGAUCCGAGAACCCGGAGAGACUGUUGCCUCGCGAUUUUUACAGGUCUUUCUUGGAAUGGUUUGGAAGGAGUCGACAUACCACAAGAAUAGAAAAUUCUGGCUCGGCCUCUCGGAGAGCACUCGACAAUAG